CGGUUUUGGCCUCGUGACAUACUUGUUGCAGUACCACGUGCCCUCAGUCAUUUAGCAAAAGCAAAACAAGGAAGUGAGUGGACGGAGUGGAGGAAAGUUUCGCUGCACGGAGUCCAGCAUGAACACGGGCCUGAAGAUGAGUCCAGCACGCUGUUUUUACUCACUUCUGCAGAUCUGCUUUCUAGCCCUGAUCAGCUCUGAUCAGAGUGUUUAUGGGACUCAAGAUUGGCCUGUUCCUUACAAGCGAUUUGACCGUCGUCCAGUCACUGACCCAUACUGUCAAGCUCUCUACCCCUUCUGCCCCACCGGAGACCCUGAUGGUCGUAUUCCCUACAUGAGGGACUCUGAUGUGAUCUCUGUGUUUCGGCUGCAGACUCCAGUGUGGGAAUUUAAAUACGGGGAUCUCUUGGGAAAAUUUCAUAUAAUGCACGAUGCCAUUGGUUUUUCCAGCUCAGAGACAGGAAGAAACUAUACUAUGGAAUGGUAUGAGCUUUUUCAGCUUGGAAACUGCACUUUUCCUCAUUUACGAAAGGACACAGCAGCUCCUUUUUGGUGUAAUCAAGGCGCUGCAUGCUUCUAUGAGGGCAUAGAUGACGAGCACUGGCGACAAAAUGGAACACUGGAGAAAGUGGGAGAAAUGUCAGGUGAGCAGUUUAACAAUCUGGCACGAUGGGUUCAGGAGGACAAUGAGACAGGGAUUUAUUAUGAGACAUGGACAGUGCGCUCAGACCCAGGGCUCAACUCCACAACAUGGUUUGAAUCAUAUGACUGCUCACAGUUUGUACAUCGCACAUACAGGAAAAUCAAAGAGCUGGGAGCCAAGCUCUCGAGCAGAAGUCAGACAAACUAUACCAAAAUAUACCUGUACAGCGGAGAGCCGACCUACCUCGGCGACGAUGACUCUAUCUUCGGCCAGUCCUCCAUGAAAGCUCUGGCUACAGAUAUUAGAGAGUUUUACCACUCUUUCCAGCCUCAUCAAUCAAUGAUUCAGUUCAUCCUCAGUCUGAUGGAAGCCUACAAAAAAGUAGUACUGGAGAAGACAUUCUAUUUGUACUACAACUUUGAGUACUGGCACCUGCCAAUGAAGGCACCGUACAUCCAAAUUACUUACGAGGAAGUUCCUUUACCACAUUAAGACUGCAUUUUUUACAUGAGGAUUUUGUUGACUGUGAUUAUCCAAUGAAGUCUGACUAACUACGGAUUAAAAGGCUCAUACUUUACAUAUUUUUCUAUGGCUUCAUCUACCAAACCAGUUAUUCAGUUUGUUGUUUGUUUGACCAGUCAUUGCUUAUUUUAUUGAGACUUAUGAAAUGAAUGCAUGAUAUUAAAUGGUUUUUCCCAGA